AUAAUUAAAUUAUCGGAAUUUAAGGAUUAUUCUGUUCUGUUGGCUGCCUGCGCGAACUCGUACUUUUCGCCCUGGCUCCUGUUACGCCCCCUUCCCAAAAUUUUCUUUUGGAAACCGCAACUCUCGAGUAAAUUUGCUCUUGAGGCUUAUUCUUGCCAAGUGUCUUUCCAGCUGGAAAACUAGGGCAAAGCAAGAUUGUGGAGGCUGUUGACGCAAUUACGCAUACUAUUAGCAUUUGAAAAAGCUGUACAUACGGGCACAAUGGCUCUAUUAUCAAACCGCAUCUCGACUGGCUGCAGAGUGGCGGAUCAGUUCAAGCUGGCACUCAAUAAAACGGCAGCCAGUAAAUUUCGUACGAGUGCUGCAAUUAUGGAGAAGUACCGUAUUGAAGCGGACACCUUUGGAGAACUGAAAGUUCCGGUGGAGAAAUACUAUGGAGCUCAGACAGUUCGUUCAGUGAUGAACUUUCCCAUUGGCGGCGAGACCGAGCGAAUGCCUGUGCCCGUUGUGACCGCCAUGGGCAUGCUGAAGAAAGCAGCAGCCCUGGUCAACAAGGAUUACGGUCUGGACCCCAAGGUGGCGGAUGCCAUCAGCCAGGCAGCAGAUGAAGUCAUCAGCGGCAAAUUGUACAAGGACCACUUUCCCCUUGUGAUUUGGCAGACCGGUUCUGGCACCCAGACCAACAUGAACACAAACGAAGUCAUCAGCAACAGGGCUAUCGAAAUCAUGGGAGGAAAACUUGGAAGCAAAACUCCCGUCCACCCCAACGACCACGUGAACAAGAGCCAGAGCUCCAAUGAUACUUUCCCUACUGCAAUGCACGUCGCUGUCGCUGUGGAGCUGCACAAGACCCUGGUUCCUGGCCUCAGAGCUCUUCACGAUUCCCUGGACGCGAAGGCCAAUGAGUUCAAAGAUAUUAUCAAGAUCGGCCGAACUCACACCCAAGAUGCAACUCCUCUGACUCUUGGUCAAGAGUUCAGCGGCUACGUGCAGCAAAUCAAAUUUGGAAUCGAGAGGGUGAACGCUUGCCUUCCCAGAUUGUACAUGCUGGCUGCAGGCGGAACCGCUGUUGGAACUGGCCUGAACACUAGAAUAGGCUUUGCUGAGAAGGUUGCUGAUAAACUGGCAGAACUGACUGGUCUUCCUUUUGUGACCGCCCCCAACAAAUUCGAAGCUCUUGCUUGCCACGAUGCCAUGGUUGAAGUUUCCGGCGCCCUCAACACUAUUGCCUGCAGUUUCAUGAAGAUCGCCAACGACAUCAGAUUCCUCGCGUCCGGCCCCCGUUGUGGGCUUGGAGAGCUGAGCCUGCCAGAAAACGAGCCUGGAAGCAGCAUUAUGCCUGGUAAGGUGAAUCCGACGCAAUGUGAAGCCAUGACAAUGGUUGCUGCUCAAGUUAUGGGGAAUCAUGUUGCCGUGACUGUCGGUGGCAGCAACGGCCACUUUGAGCUGAAUGUUUUCAAACCCAUGAUGGUCGCCAAUGUUCUUAGGUCAAUACGCCUGCUUGGUGAUGCUGCGAAUGCGUUCACUACAAACUGUGUCGUCGGCAUUGUGGCAAACCGCGAGCAAAUUAACAAGUUACUGCACGAAUCUCUGAUGCUGGUGACUGCAUUGAAUCCUCAUAUCGGCUAUGACAAGGCUGCUAAAAUCGCCAAAACCGCCCACAAGGAGGGACUGACAUUGAAAGAGUGUGCGUUGAAACUUGGCUACCUGACUGAAGAUCAGUUUAACCAAUGGGUUAAACCAGAGGACAUGCUUGGUCCCAAGUAAAUUUGUUAAAAUUUAUGGAAUAAAAUAAAUAAUUUACAUUAUAUUAA